AUGAAGUCUCUGCUUGGGACCCUUUACCUUUUGGGGAUGCUCAUUCCUGGGGGACUUUCCAUUCGCAGAUCCUUAGCACAACACAGACAAGAGAUUGUAGACAAGACAGUGAGUGCAUGGAGGAGCCUGGAGACCUAUUCCUAUAACACAUACCACACCAUGGAGGAGAUCUACUGGUGGAUGAGCCAGAUCAUCGAGGAGUACCCGGAAGUGGCAACGCAGCAUUUCCUAGGAACGACCUAUGAGGCCCGGCCUAUGUAUUAUCUGAAGAUCAGCCAACCAUCCAACAACCCCAAGAAGAUCAUUUGGAUUGACUGUGGAAUUCAUGCCAGGGAAUGGAUUGCUCCAGCUUUUUGCCAAUGGUUUGUGAAAGAAAUUCUACAAAACUAUAAAGACAACUCAAGGAUAAGCGGGUUCCUUAGGAACCUAGACUUCUAUGUGCUUCCAGUUCUUAACAUAGACGGUUAUAUCUACUCGUGGACGACUGAUCGUCUUUGGAGGAAAUCCCGCUCAUCCCAUGAUAAUGGCACAUGUUUUGGGUCGGAUCUCAAUCGAAAUUUCAAUGUAUCUUGGUGUAGUGUUGGUGCAUCUACAAACUGCCAAGAUUUAACAUUCUGUGGGACAGGACCAGUGUCUGAACCAGAGACUAAAGCUGUCUCCAGCUUUGUAGAGAGCAAGAAGGACAACAUUUUGUGCUUCCUGACUAUGCACUCUUACGGGCAGUUAAUUCUCACACCUUAUGGGUAUACUCAAAAUAAAUCAAGUAACCACGAAGAACUGAUUCAAGUUGGACAGAAGGCAGCAAAUGCAUUGAAAGCAAAGUAUGGAACCAAUUAUAGAGUUGGAUCAAGUGCAGAUAUUUUAUAUGCCACAUCAGGGUCUUCAAGAGACUGGGCACGAGACAUUGGGAUCCCCUUCUCAUUCACGUUUGAGCUGAGGGACAAUGGUACAUUUGGGUUUAUUCUGCCGGAAGCUCAGGUCCAGCCCACCUGUGAGGAGACCAUGGAGGCUGUGCUCUCAAUCCUGGAUGAUGUGCAUGUUAAAUAUUGGCCCUCGAGGAGUGCCAGGAAGGUGACAUCUGGCAGUUUGGUGCUGAGCAUGCUGUUGUCCUUUGCUUGUCUUCUCUGA